GAAAACAACAAUAAGCAUGGAACCCAGAGUACUAACAGUAUCAUUUCUUGCAAUACUUGCAUUAAUAUUAUCCCCAGUUUCAUCAUCCACCACCGUUACUCAACAAAACACAUAUUCCACAUUCGUCAAAACCUCAUGCAGCUCCGCCACCUACCCCUCCGCCUGCCGGAAAUCCCUCCUCCCCUACGCCGCCACCGUCCAGACAAACCCGCUCAAACUCGCCACUGUCGCCCUCUCUGCCACCCUCAAUACCGCCAACGCCACCCUCUCCACCAUCACCAAACUAUCCAAAACCAAACAGAUCACCAACUGGGAAGCUGCAGUGCUGAAAGACUGUAUAGGAGAUAUUAAAGACUCCAUGGAUGAAGUCAAAAGCUCCAUUAAUGAAAUAAAUGGUAUUUCUACGUCUGCGAAUAAGAGGUUCGCCAUCUCGAAUGCUCAAACUUGGACCAGUGCAGCAAUCACUGAUGAGAAUUCGUGUCUUGACGGGUUCUCUGAUGGGCAAAUAAAUCCGACCGUUAAGAAGAAGAUAAGGAACAGCAUUGUGAAUCUUGCAAGGGUUAGCAGUAAUGCUUUGUAUCUUAUCAACCAUCUCUCAGUUUAAAAUCUUUAUUUAAAUGAAACCCUAAUUUAAUAUUAUCA